CAGUGAGCUGUCUAUGUUAGACUAACUCAAGUGGUAACUUAAGUAAAUAACCCAAGAAACAUGUCCUAAAACAAAAACACAUACGGAUACGAUACCCAAACCAAAUAACUGUCGAGGAGACCCAGUUUGUUUACACAAGGUCAAUCAAUCUUCAGUUACACACGGCCUACUGAAACCUGACUCUAUCUAUCUGACUGAAUCUCCCUAAAAUUCAAUUUCAAAAUAAUACUACCACAUGAAUCUCCGUCUUUUUCUUACCUACUAUUAAAUCCAUUUGCUAGCAAAACCCUAGCGAUUUGUAAUUUGUAACUUCACCAUGUAUUCCCCUUUCAGAAAAGCUAAUAAAGGGGAAACGGGUGGACAUGGCCGAAGUAAGUCUAUGUGGAAAAUCUUUAUUUACAGGUCUUCUUCUUCGGCCAAAUUUGAUAAAAAUGACCCACCAAAAGAACUCAUUUGUCCCAUUUACGGCUGUUUAAUGUUUGAUCCAGUUGUGGUGUCAUCUGGUCAGACUUUUGAGAGGACUUCUGUUCAAGUCUGUAAGGAUUUGGGGUUUAAACCACAACUUCCAAACGGGUUAACCCCUGAUUUUACUAACGUGAUUCCGAAUUUAGCUUUGAGGACGACGAUUCUCAGCUGGUGUGAGAAAUCAGGGGCGGAGAAGCCUCAGCAGCCUGAUUAUUAUGCCGUUGAGGCAAUUGUUCGUGCUUACAUGGCGGAGAAUUUGCCUAGUUCUUCCUCUUCUUCGAUAUCUAGAGAAGAUUCAAGAAUACGGGUUUCGGAGAGGGAAUUGCUCAAAGGAGUGGCGGAGAAUCCACCUGUGCUACUCUCUCAUGCUGCCACGGAACUGAAUCCGAGGAAUAAUCAUCACUUUUACUCUCCUUCCAGCUCGGAGGAAUCUGUUAUAGCUAACAACUCGCCGCUACUUCCUUUUAAAACUCGCCCCUCCUGCUAUUCCUCGUCCUCGUCGCAAUCGACUUCGUCGGAGAUAAUCUCCGAUGAAGUCCCGUCGUCUGCUUCCACGUCGUCGGAGGAUGAUUAUUACGUUGCUCAGUUUAAGAAAUUGGAUGUUUAUGACCAGGAACAAGCUGUAAUUUCACUGAGAAAAAGUACCAGAACCGAUGAGGAAGCUAGGGUUUCACUGUGCACGCCGCGGCUUUUAUCGGCUCUUAAGCCGCUGAUUGUCUCGAGGUACGCGGGAGUUCAGACGAACGCUGUUGCUGCAUUGGUCAAUCUCUCGCUGGCGGAUGCCAAUAAAGUGAAAAUCAUUCGAGCGGGGAUUACUCCUCUGUUAAUUGAUGUUUUAAAAGGCGGCUUCGAGGAGUCUCAGGAGCACGCAGCCGGCGCGAUAUUCAGUUUGGCGCUGGAAGACGACAACAAGACAGCAAUUGGAGUAUUGGGUGCAUUGCAGCCGCUUUUACAUGCACUGAGGUCGGGGACUGAGCGAACUCGUCAUGACUCGGCAUUGGCUCUUUAUCAUUUAACAUUAGUGCAGAGUAACCGACUGAAGCUUGUUAAACUAGGAGCAGCGAAUACGCUUUUGGGAAUGCUCAAAACCAGGGAUAUGGCGGGUAGAGUGGUCUUGGUGAUCUGCAAUUUGGCUGUGUGUCAAGAGGGAAAGGCGGCGUUACUGGACGCUAAUGCAGUGAAUGUAAUGGUGGGGAUAUUGAGAAAUUGGAAUGAGUUGGAUGAGUCGACUCGGGAGAAUUGCGUGGCGGCUCUGUACUCACUUAGUCAGGGAAGUUUGAGGUUCAAGGGGAUGGCAAAAGAGACGAAUGCAGCUGAAGUAUUGCAGAUGGUGGUGGAGCAAGGAAGCGAGCGGGCAAGUGAGAAGGCGAAGAGGAUGUUGAUUUCCAUGCGGAGAAGGAUGAAGGAUGAGGAUGACGAUGAAGAAGAGAUAGACUGGGAAGGAGUAUUGGAAGGACGAGUGAGUCAGACUCGGUACUGAGUCGGAAGAACUACUCAGUAUCUCAACUCAGCCGAGUUCUGAAUCUUGGUCUGAGAACAAAAAAAAAAAAAAAAAAAAAAGCAGCUCGGUUCACUAAACCGCACAUAGCAGGAGUUUAGGAAAGGGUCACCUGUAAUUGUGGUCGAUUAAAAAAAAAAAGUGUAAUUAUCAAUUAUUUGGGGUUUGGGGCUUUAUCAUGUUCGUGGUUAAUUUAUUUUUUUUAACUUGCUUUUUAGCUUUUGAUUUGCUGAAUUGCGUCCUAACCUUCUUUUCCUUUAUUCUAGGUUUGGUGGUAGUUACUUAAGAAUGUAAUUUGGUCUAAAAUUGUGAUUAUUGUGUAUAUAAUUAGGAUUUAAGGAGUGACAAUGCAAUUUUGGUUUAAA